AUGUCAACCAUCGGCGGCAAGAACUCCGAGGCCAGCACCAAGCUGACAAACUCCGACAAUAUUGACCAGCACUGGCCAAGGGUCAGCCUCUCCUCGAAUAUUGAGAGCUCCACUUGGCGAGAAGCCACAGCGAGAAGCAUGAUGUCGACCACCAGCACAAGACUUGGUUGCCAGCCCAUGGGAUAUGCGGCAUGCCAAGCUCCUUCGACAACCACUUUGGCAGGCUUUGCUUCGAGGGGCCAACGACCGAAGCAGACGAGAAGCCACAAUAUCAGUAUGGAGCUGACCAGCAACGCACCACAAUGCCGCCGUGGUUCGGAAUUUGAAGGCAGACCACCCGCACGCAGCCACCGGCUUCAGGGGCCAGAGAGCACAUUCCGCCGAUACCAUGACGCCGCCGUUGUCGGGGUCGAUGGCUGGGAUGACCACCAACUUGCCCUCGGAGAUGACGCCGAGGAGGACAUCCCAUCGCCGCCCCUGUCUCGCAAUCAUGCACCUACCGUGUCAGCUUUCCCAGAGGUCCAACAUUCAACAUAG